AUGUGGCCCACUGGGAUAAAUGAUUUUGUCGGCUCUGAUUUAGAAGCCUGUGACACAACUCUUUUUCUUCUUGCUACAGGCUGUGGGCGCAACCGUGGCACAUCUGGUUAUUCUGCUGCAGUUCUACCUAGCGAAUGUUUCAUCCAGUUUUCCCUUAGUGUCAAGUCGUCAGGUCUCGGUUCUGCUUUCAACCUAAGCUGUUUGACACAGAACUGUCAAGAAAUCUUACAAAAUGAGCAUGCAUCCCGUGUAAAUCAAGAUUUAAGCAGUGCAGAUGGCAUUGUGAUGAUGGUAGUAAAUGAGAUGAGCGGUUCUGUCUUGUUAAGAAAAACUUUCAAUACGUGGAAUGUUUUCACCCAUCCAGGUCUUGUUUGGUGGGUUAAGCCUUCCAGGCGGCGCAUAGUGGUGAUGACUGUGCCCCGCGCUGGCACACAUGGAACAUACCAGAGAAGUCUAACCUGGACUUUCAUCUACCGGAAAGCUUGGUCAACAGGUAUAACUACCUUUACAAGUUUACAGUACAUCGCUUUCCUUGAUGAAGAUGUGGAGGUCUCACGUGACUGGCUUGAGACGUUAUCACAUUUUGCACCAGCAUUGGAUACUGAUCCAUCACUUUGGUGCGUGUCUGGCAGUGCACCAGGUCACCGGUAUGUAUUUCCAUACCCCCAAAUAUUUCAUCGGGGCUUCAGGCAGCCUGGCUGGGGCUACUUAUUCUCAAUGGCAGAGGCAAGGUCAAUGGUAGCAAAAUGGCCAGCCAGCUCUUCCGUUUCACUACUGUAUGACAAUUUUCUAUACAGUGUAAUGAGUCGAGGACGUGAAUGCAUUUUUCCUGCACUGAGUCGUUCGCACCACUAUGGGGUUGGUGUGAACACUGUUCCUGAGAUACACCAACUCUACUUUUUAGACCAACCAUUGCAUAGUGGUGAGAGGGUUCAUCUCCCACCGGUAGAAGAACUUACCCAGAAAGGGUAUGAAAGUAGAGUAAAGUUUAGUCUUGAGAGUGCUAUCCCUAUCACCAGGAAUCCUUGUGCUCCAGGAUUUCUAAUCCCUCCCGGCACUCAUGAAUCAAAACAUUUUGUAUUCUACUUUUUCAUGGAGGACCCAAAUGAUUCCCCAGAAUGGCCUACUUUGGCAGAGUGUAUUGGUGCUUGGCCCUAUUCCACUCAAUCCCAUCAUCAUGGUUGUUUUGAAAUCCCACAGCCUUGGGGAGGUUCCAUGUGGUUAGUGGGAGUGCCCUACUCAAGAUACAGAUAUCUGCGUCCACCUAGUGUUCCAAUUUGGCAAAUUAAAUCUCAACAAGAAUUGGAUUCGGCUACAGCAUUUUCCAAUGCCCUUCGUAUUCCUCCAAAAGUGAAUAGAACUUUGGCACUUGCUUUCACAGAUCUGUUUAUAAAGUCUUAGUUCAAUAUACAUAUAUAGCUACACCAUACAGAAAUAUUACUAUGA